AUGAUGUCCUACAUUAAGCAACCCCAUUACUCCGUGAACGGGUUAACGCUGUCCGGCCCGGGCAUGGAUCUGCUCCACUCCGCCGUUGGAUACCCCAACACACCGCGCAAACAGCGUCGAGAGCGCACCACCUUCACGCGCGCACAGCUGGACAUCCUCGAGGCUCUGUUCUCCAAAACGCGCUACCCGGACAUCUUCAUGCGCGAGGAGGUGGCCCUCAAGAUCAACCUGCCGGAGUCCCGAGUCCAGGUUUGGUUCAAGAACCGCCGUGCAAAGUGCCGCCAGCAGCAGCAGCAGAGCACCGGUCAGUCCAAACCGCGGCCCCCUAAGAAGAAGGCGUCUCCGGCCCGCGAUAACCACUCUGAGGCCAGCGUCAACGCCCCCAACGGGUCCUACAGCCCCCAGCCUCCUCCUCCAGGCACCUCCAUCACGCCCAGCUCCAACGCUGCCAGUGCCACGGUGUCCAUCUGGAGCCCGGCGUCCAUCUCCCCGCUGCCAGACCCCCUGUCUGUGUCCGGGACCCCCUGCAUGCAGCGCACCGCCACCUACCCCAUGGCCUACAGCCAGGCACCGGCCUACAGCCAGAGCUACGCAGGCUCCUCCUCCUACUUCACGGGCCUGGACUGCAGCUCCUACCUGUCCCCGAUGCACCCCCAGCUGUCGGGCACCGGAGGAGCCCUGAGCCCUAUCACGGCCUCCUCCAUGGGGGGUCCUCUCAGCCAGUCUCCAGCCUCACUCUCCUCCCAAGGGUACACGGCCGCAUCACUGGGCUUCGGAGCCGUCGACUGUCUAGACUACAAGGACCAAGCUGCCUGGAAGCUCAAUUUCAAUGCCACUGACUGUCUGGACUACAAAGACCAGAACUCCUGGAAGUUCCAGGUCUUGUAA